UUGAACAGAGCGGCGAACUUGAUAGUUUUCGCUGACUGUUCUGAAAGAAUCUUUACAGCCUUUUUGGCUUUGAUCGCCGUUAAAACUCAAUCGGCUCUGUUAUGGAAUACCUAGCGCCAGAACACCAAGAUCUUGUCAAAGUUGGACUCGACAAUUUACGACAAAAGUUGCCGUCAGCUGAUGAAGAUGUCUUUGAGAAAGUGAGAGCGGAAGAAACGCCAUUUCUUUGUUUAUUUGAAAUGGCGCGGGAUUUCACGAGUAGAGAUCUGCCAACAGCAUUAAUAUUAUGGGAAUAUAUACUAAAGAGAGCCAUGAGCAAGCAACAGAAAUUUGCUGCAAUGAACGAAAUAUUUAAAGUUCAAAUCGCAACAGGUCCUUGGAGAGUGGCUGUUGAGACAGCAAAGAAAUUGUAUCAAGACGCUGCUCAGGAGUACUCAUCUGAUAACUUGGUUCGUCUAAAAGCGAAGGAGAGCGAUUUAGCACCAUUCUUAUUUGAAGCUGUUCUCAAUCUUGGAACAAUACAUCGCCUUCUUAGAGAACUAAACGAGGCCGAGGAGUUUUAUCGGAAGGCGUGGAACAUUGCUACAUCUAUGAGAGAUUUUGAUAGAGAAUCUUUAGCUAAAAUACAUCUUGCAAUCUGUUUGCUCGAUCGCGGUGAACUAAAACAGGCCAUAGACACCUAUUUCAAGCCACUGAUGGUUUUCAAAGCCACUUUGAAACCUCACACAAGAGCUCUUUUCCUGCAGAAUUACGGCAAUGCCUGUAGAUCUGCGGCAGACUGGGGCAAAGCUAAAGAGUAUCUCCGAGAAGCCCUGGACCUUGCCAAGGUAGUGAGAGACGUUGAUCUUGUGUCCAGUUGCUGCGGGGACCUGGGUAACGUUUUCAGAUCGGAAGGAAGGUACAAAGAUGCAGAGCAACUCUUCUCAUUUCACUACAAGUUCGCAUUGAGCAGAGGAGACAUCCAUGGCCUAGCUAUUGCAUGCAACAAUAUUGGAUAUUUGAAGUUUUACAACCCCAAAGAGUUUGAUGAUUCUGUGGUGUACCAGUACAUUGCAUACUCCCUUGCUGGGGAAGUAGGUGAUUUUGCAAGGAUGGGAAUGGCAUUUAACAAAAUUGGCAAACUUUAUACCGCACUAGGUUACAAUGAAGAAGCCAAAGAGAUGUUCAAGUUCGCCAUCGAUCGUGCGCAUAAGGCGGACAAUGUUGCUCGCGAAGGAAUGGCGUGGGGAAAUUUAGGCACGGUUUACAGAGCUUUAGAAAGGUUUGAAGAUGCGAUUGAUUGCCAUGUCAAGUAUAGAGAUAAUGCUGAAAGGCGAAUGGAUAUCGGUGGGGUAGCCAUUAUGCAGCAUCAGUUAGCCAUGGAUUACCUCCUUUUGGGAAAGCUACCGGAAGCAGAGAGGUCGGUUCUCGAUGCGUUUCAAACACUGGAGAGAAUCCGCUCACAGGUCGGUGGAGAAGACAAAUCGAAACUGUCUAACUUUGAGAAGAACCAAGCCGAGGCAUAUAAUCUGUUACAAGUUGUACUCGUCGCGCAGGGGAAGUUUAAAGAGGCUCUUGUUUUAGCUGAUGCAAGCAGAGGACGAGCAUUGGCGGAAAUUGUUCGGAAACGAUUAUCAGGCUGUAGCGAUAUCUCCAGUGGAGAAGAAACGGUAACUCUUAAUGAAGAGUUUAUCGCCGAAUCCUUCAACAAUCUUGUGGAAAUCAGCCGUAAGCGUUCCACAACACUUGUGUUUUACUCGGUGGUGAAAGAGUUUGACCAAUCAGGAGCAUAUUUCACGUGGGUGUACACCUGGGUGUUAUGUCCUUCCGGGAGCCUUAAUUUCAACAAGACUCGUCUGCAGCACGAUUUGGAGACGAAAGUUGAGAUCAACGACGAAUUUAUAGCGUCUCUUAGACGAUCUAUGGGCCAGGAAUCUCAAAUGGGAAAAGUAAGCAAGAUUCUGAGAUCAUGUGGAGAGCAAAAAAAGGUUUCCAGGGAGGCUAAGGUACAUGUUGCGGCAAUUAAAGUCGAGGACAUCUUGAGUUCGCUAGGAGGUUUUGAACACGAUUUUAUUACCGGUUGGAAGGGUUUUGGUAUUCCGCUCAAAACUAAGGAUCUCAGAAAACAAGAACUGUUAUCUAAAGAAGCUUCAAUACCUAAACACGAAACCUUUGACGAGUCAACAGGCAGCCAAGAGAGCUGGAACGAGACAGUUGCAGAGAAGCCAACCGCCUCUAAAACCGAGCUUUGUAGUUCAGAAGGUCAAGAAGCUUACGUAGUUUCGAGUAAGGAGGAGCUUGCCUAUUCAACUGAAGCCCAUUCAACUGAAUCUGUAAAGCAAAGUAAUGUGAUGACUUUUGAUAAAGUUGAUGUUAUUUCUGGCGAGUCACCCCUCAUAGUUGAAUGCCUAGUAGAAGAUCCUCAAGAUGACUCAAGUAUGGAACGCGAGAAUCCCGCUAAAGUCGAGGAAAAUGAAUCAUUUCCUUUGGCAACAAGCGAAGAAAGCCUUCAACAUUCACUAAGUGGUUCAGAGCUCUCGCACUCGUGCACACAUUUAGAGUCUGGCCAAGCUAAAUCUGAAAUAUUGGCAGCUUCAAAACCAAGUGACAAUCCCUUUGAAGAAGGAGCAGAUAAGCCCUCUCUGACAGUACCAAGUCAUGACGGCUCUGGGGCUACCGCAGAAGGUCUUGAACAUGGUAUCGCCUCUAAACCUUCAUGUGAGGAAUCUAAUUUUUCUUUGCAAAGUGACAACAACAUUGAAGGGAAAUAUGGAGAUCAGCUCCAUGAGUUCCCUAAGAAAGAUGAUGAUCACGUUUCUGUGGGCAAUUCAUCAGGUCCUUUUUACGAAGUUGAAACUGAGCCCCUGGGCGCACAUUCAAAGGUACACAAAAAUGAACCUCAGAGUGACCCAGAAUUGGAUCCUUGGACGCCGAUGCUGAGCCAGCUCCACAAGAUUCUUAUUGAGCCCAUUAUUGAUUUUCUGCCCAGAAAGGAUGAAUCUCAUAGGGUGACUUUCAUACCUCAAGAUUUUUUGCUCAAAGUUCCCUUCGCUGCUUUACAAAAUGAGGCAAGAGGUCACUAUUUCAUGGAGGACUUCAUAAUCUCUACCAGUCCAGCGAUCCACUUCCUCGAUUUAGCUUGCGCCUCUCGUGAAACUUCUUUAAAGACCACAACGCCUCUGGAGCUUAGUCUUCUUGCAGUUGGAAACCCCAUCAUGCCUUUCGAAGAACUUCCACAGCUCCCCUCUGCAGAGUACGAAGUACGCAUGAUCAAAGAGAUUCUUAAAUCGCCGAUGUCUGAAAUUCUUAUAGGAUCUCAGGCCCAAAAGGCGGUGGUGAUGGAGGCCAUGCCAAAGUACAAGGUCCUACAUUUUGCGACGCACGCUAUUAUAGAUGAUUCAGACUCCCACGGGGAUUUUAGCAUGAGAGGACUCAUUGUACUUACAAAGUCUUGGCUCGAAUGUGAUGGUAUUCUCACAGCUGAGGAAGUGAGGGGCUUGGAACUGAAUGCUGAACUUGUUGUGCUAAGCUGUUGCGAAUCCGGACUGGGUAAAGUGACAGGCGAUGGAAUGCUGGGCUUGUCACGGGCGUUUCUAGCAGCUGGUGCAGCUUGCGUGAUUGUCACGUUAUGGAAGAUUGAUGACAAACCUGCUUCUGAGUUGAUGACGUCAUUCUAUCGCGAAUACAAAGCUUCCCGUGAUGCUGCGGUAUCGUUGCAGAAGUCCAUGAAGACUCUUCAAACUAAAGAGGACACUCGAAGUCCUCAACAUUGGGCCGCGUUUUCAAUUGUAGGUGCUACCGGUCUCAAAUAACUCCUUUCCCAGGGGCUAACUGCGUUGUAUAGUUAAACAAUUUCAAAAUAGUACAAACUCUAAUUGAGCAUCAAAGUUAUUUGGGAUUACCUUUGCUUCUUGUAAUGUAUCCGUCUUUCUUUUUUUAGUCAGAGUAAGCGAAGGAUGUACUGUCAAUGAGCCUAAGAUCUCUCAUCAAGAAUUGUGGGAACAAUUAUAUGCAAUAGAAACCACAGCUACUGCUUUUCCAUUUUGCAUCAAAAUUUUAUAUACUGCUAGAUGAACACAAAAAUAUAAGAUUAUAAACUCUAAAAUUAAACAAUGUCAGUGGACUCUUCAGCAGUAUUGGUUUUUUUAUAAACUCAAGUUCUUGAGCUCACUUUCUAAUGCUUAUUGUUAUUCUACACAAAGUGUGAGCUAAAAUGAACUACCAUGCGCUUGAAUCUUGCAGAUAAACUACACAUUUUCAAGCCUAAAAUGAACUACUUUAAGCAAAAGUACCAGCAAAUGAACAGUGGCCUAUCAAUCCCUAAGGUUGCAAUAAAGUGAUUAAGUUCACUAUAUAUAAUUAAGCAGCAAAGAAUGUUCAAGUAAACACAAAACCCUUGUUAACUUAUUAGCAGGCCAGACAAGUAAAGGAAUAUUUCCCUUU